AUGCGCCAAGUGAAUCCUGAGAUCUUCCACGCCAAGGUCUACGACAUCACUCGCCUCAUUCCUUACGGUCGAGUGACAUCCUAUGGCCACAUUGCGCGCCUCGCUGGCCACCCUUCCCACUCUCGCUUGGUGGGUUCGGCGCUGAAAUUCCUCCAGGAUCCCACCGUACCAUGGCAUCGAGUCAUCUCUUCUUCCGGAGCCAUCGCUGAUCGUGGCGACGGCGGCCAUGCUGCAGCUAGGCAGGCUCAAUGCCUGCAAAACGAAGGCGUCACCGUAAUCAACGGCAGAGGCGAAGGCGUCACGAUUGAUUUUGGACACGCCAAUCCAAAUGCAAAGUUUAGAGUCAGCAUGGCUGCAUUUGGUUGGUUUCCGGACGAGGUACAGUUGGAAGGGUACGACGACGACGACGACGACGACGACGACGACGCGGCGAGGACGCAAGAGAUUCGUGAGAGAAGCGAUGUAGACCAAGACGAAUCGGAUCUGAGCGAGUUGACAGAGGACGAGGGAUAA